AUGGAAACAUACAUGACAGUUAUGCAGACAUACCAGUCUCCCUUAACCAAAGCUAAGGAAUAUCCACCCAUGCAGACCUUGUUGUUGGCUUACCAAUCUCUUGGAGUUGUAUAUGGGGACCUUGCCACUCCUCCUGUCAAUGUCUUUUCCUCUACUCGCUUGACGAAUCUCACUGAAGAUGAUUUACUUGGGACAUUCAGCCUAAUCUUUUGGACUCUAACAUUGCUUGUGUUAGUCAAAUAUGUCUUCAUCGUCCUCCAUGCUAAUGAUCAUGGAGAAGGCGGUACUUUUGCUCUCUAUUCAUAUCUCUGUCGCCAUAUCAAUUUCCAAAGCAAACUUAGUAUCCACAACGUUAGGAUGGAAUCUGAUGAGAGCAUGGCUUGUUACAGCCAAGAGAGUGGAAGUUCUAGGCGUUCAAAAACUAAGAAGUUCCUGGAGAGAAGUUCCACAGCUCAAAAUGUUCUUACUUUUGUUGUUUUACUUGGAACUUGUAUGGUCAUUGGUGAUGGAGCUCUCACUCCUGCUACUUGCGUUCUCUCAGCCCUGCAAGGAAUUCAAUCUCUCUCUUCCAAGAUAACACAAGAUCAUGUGGUUUUCAUGUCUGUGAUUAUGUUAAUCGCACUUUUCACUUUUCAACGCUGUGGAACAAGCAAAGUUAGCUUCUGCUUCACACCCGUAAUGUUAUUGUGGUUUGCUACCAAUGUUUCAGUCGGUAUCUACAAUAUUUUGGAGUACUAUCCAUCCGUUCUUAAAGCCAUAUCUCCACACUACAUAGUGAAAUUUGUUUCAAGAAAUGGAAAGACUGCUUGGAAUCUUCUCGGUGCAGUAUUUCUAAGCAUUACAGGAGCGGAAGCCAUGUUUGCUGAUUUAGGUCAUUUCAAUAAAAGAGCAAUUCAGUUGGCAUUUUCUUUUAUAGUUUAUCCAUCCCUAGUUCUCAGCUAUGCCGGAGAAACAGCUUAUCUAGUGAGGUAUCCGGAGAAUAUCAACAACGCUUAUUACAGUUCCCUACCAAAACCUGUUUACUGGCCAAUGUUUGUAAUCUCAACUCUAGCUGCCGUGGUUGCUAGCCAGUCCAUGAUAUCAGCAACUUUUUCCAUUGUAAAGCAAUCACUUGCUCUUGGAUGCUUCCCUCGAGUAAACAUUAUACAUACUUCAUCCAAGCAUGAAGGACAAAUCUAUUCCCCAGAGGUAAACUACAUCCUCAUGAUUCUUUGUGUCACUCUCGUUCUUGGUUUCAAAGGAGGUGUUGAACUAGCAAAUGCCUAUGGGGUGGUGGUCAUCUGGGUCAUGAUCAUAACAACAUUCUUGACAGCAUUAGUGAUGCUAAUCAUAUGGAAGACAAAUAUCAUUCUCAUUUUGGCAUUUUUCUUGCCUUAUAUAAUAAUUGAAGGUUGUUUCAUGACAUCUUUGCUCAAUAAAAUACCACAAGGAGGAUGGGUGCCAUUUGCUAUUUCUGCUUUCUUCUUGACUAUCAUGCUAUCUUGGACAUAUGGAAGGAGUAAGAAAAAAGAAUAUGAAGCAGAUAGAAAGAUGAGUUUACCUGAUCUAGACCAAAUGCUAUCAAGCUAUAGUACAUACCGAGCACCAGGAAUUUGCUUCUUUUUCACUGAUCUCGGAAAUGGCAUUCCACCCAUAAUCUGUCAUUACAUUCAGCACACAAAUUCUGUAAGAGAAAUCCUGGUAAUUGUCACUGUUAGAACUCUUCCCAUCAAAACCGUCCUGGUGGAGGAACGCUACAAUGUGGGGAAGACGGGAGUUGAAGGAUUUUAUCGGUGUUUGAUUCAGUUUGGAUAUAAGGAUUCUCAAAGCAUGGAAGGAGAUGACUUUGUUACUUUAAUGAUCACAAAACUCCAAGACCAAGCCGAGUCUACUAGUGAAAAACGAAAAAUAGAUGCAGCUGCUGAAAGAGGACCCGUUUUUGUUUUAGGAAGAACCAUUCUCAAAGCAAAUAAAGGUUGGUUUGCUCGCUUCACUAUAGAGUACUUGUACAGGUUUCUUCAGAAGAAUAGCAGGGCAGCUAUUUCUGCACUUCAAAUUCCACCAGAUAAAACACUUCAAGUUGGUAUGGUUUAUGAAAUCUAAAAAGGUGUCUUUGCAGCAUAAACUGGCCUCAGAAACACGAACAUAUUCCUAAGUAGCGCAUCCCAGAAAGACAAAAUAGUAUUUUUCCUGUAACCUAUUAUGGCUACUCAGUCUUUUUCACAAUAAUAGCAAGAACAUGCAAUGAUUCUAAUGAAAUAAAAUGCAGUUCAAGGUAUUUUUGCUCAUGUAGCAUGAAAGGGUACAUGACCCCACUAUUUUGUUGUUGUUAUUGCUUUUUUAUCGACUGUACACUUGCUUUUCUUAUUUAACUACUAUGUUUUCUUCAUUGUCUUCUUUUACUUGGAUUUGACGCACUUGAGCCGAGGGUCUUUCGGAAACAACCACUCUACUUCCACGAGGUAGUGGUAAGGUUUGUGUAAACUCUAUCCUUCGUAGACCCUAUUUAGUGGGAUUUCACUGGGUAUGUUGUUGUUGUAGCAUGAAAGGGCAAUAUAUGUGUAACACGUUUAACAUAACACCAUAUACUAGUUCAAGAAAAAGACCCAUUUCAUAUUAUCAACAGAUUGAUGUGCAAUUAAACUUCCCUUUUUAGGGUGUAUCUUUAAUCCUCCAAGCACAAUCUUUCUAUGAUUAUGCAAUUCUGUAUACAGUAGCCAUAUACAAGUUCAAAGAUUACAUCUUGCAUUCUGCGAACCAUGGUCCGAUUUUAAGGAAUUGGGGGAUCUUCGGACUACCAGAAGAAUCUGACAGACCACAAAACAGAAGAGAAUUUGUUUCCAGUCUCUAGACCUAUCACCUCUAUUUUGCUUACCUGUUCUAUUAGAUCCUAAUUUCUGUUUAGCGGCCAGAAAAAACAGGUCAUGAAACAAACCAACAAAGCAAAUAAAAUCGGAAAUACAGUUAUCACGAAGAAUGCCAGUUAGUUUCCUUCAAAUCUCAAGUUUGACACAGUAUAUAUGGUUUUCCUCCCCUCCUAAGAAGACAUGGAUUUAUCAAAUUGCAACUCAAAAGUAAAAAUCCACUAUUAAUUCACACAUAAUAGGCAAAUAU